AUGAGCAAUAGCAGUCUUACCAAUACUUCGGUUGUAGAUGAUCCGGUUGACAUAAUUGUCGAAGGAGAAGCUUCGUCUAGUGAUCAAUGGCGUGUAUUUCUAGGUCUGACUAUCCUUGUGGCGUCCUACGUUCUUCGCGUAGAGAUUGUGCGAUUCUCGUUGCGCGUGGCUCGUCGGAUUCUACCAGCAGUCUUUGCUUGGCUGCGAGAGUUUGAGAAGAUGCUACUGCGGCCUCUUUCUUGGGUAGUAUUCGUUCUACUCGGUUGGUUUUCAGCCUUUGUAAUGGACUUAGAGAAUCUCUUGAAUAUGGAAUCGGGCUCUCUCGAGAGCAUCAUCACUUUGCUUCUCGGUCCCCCAUUAGUGUGGGUUGUCAUCUGCUUUUGCAAUUACGUCACGUGGGGGAUCGUUCGUGUUCAAGGCUGGAGUCGAGCCGUAUCGAAAGAUGAUGAUGAUUAUAAUCGAGUCAUGAUCAUUUCUGAGGGCAUUGGGGUGAUUAAAGUAUUAUUGGUGGCAGCCGUAGUAUCAACGUGUAUUAUAGAUGAGGUCGGGCAAUAUACGGACUUUGAGUCGGGCCAAGUGUCAACAGUGGCUGUGAUCAUGGUUGAGUUCGUGUUCGUGUUUGGUGCCCAUUCUUGGCUCAAGAAUAUAAUGGGUGGGUUGAUGUCGCUACAAGAUGAACAGAUUAAAAGUGGACUUCAUGUGUCGUUUCAAGGCCACGAAGGCGUAGUGGAACGAUUAUUUCUUCAAGGUUUCUCAUUGCGUCAGUACGACAAAGGAUUAGUCUACAUCCCAAAUAGCAUUAUGCUGGAAAAUUCAGUUACAGUGCAAAGCAAGAAUUUAGACAGACGUUGCGUGAUUCCUGUGCAUCUGAGCUAUUCUACACCGACGACAGCACUGCGCGCUCUCAUCCAAGAGUUGGACAACUAUCUGACACAGCACAUGGCCAACUAUCGCACUAAUAUGAAGAGUAAAGUAUUGGGACUCGAGAAGCCGCGAGGAGGGUGGGAUAUGCUUCAUCUUUACGAGCGCAGUAAACAACUUGCAUCGGAAGAGACGCCGUCGCAAGGGCGUUUCUGGAUCAGUAUCGAAGCGCCCUAUCUUUUGCAUGUUGUCUAUUAUACCCACGAGCGACACAUCAGGAAAAUUCUGGCCGAAAAAACAGAGAUCGUGCUUCAGAUUACUGCAAUCAUUGCAGAGUCCAAAUUGAGUUUAUUUCGGGAACAAAAUAGUACUCGCUCGCGAACUUCGACUCAUCCGUCUGCGGUUAAAUCUAAUGAAUAUGAUUCAAGCUUAAGUGAUAAAUCGACUCCGCUAUCUGGCUUUCACAAUCACCAACGGAGACGAGCAACGCAGGCAAGUGCGCCAAUUGAGCGUCGUGCUCUUAGUGAUGGCAGUUUAUUGAGGCAACGUCGACCUUGUGAACUUCGUGGCAACCAAGAAUAA